AUGCCUAAAGGAAUUGCCCGUGUGGAUGAGAAAGUUUCAGUAAAGGCGUCAUUGCCAGAUUUGCGAUUUGAACAGACCUUUAAGCAGUCCUUGAGGAAAGAAGCUUUGAAACAGAAUAAAUUAACUCUAUCGGUGGCUGAUGGAUCUGUCGUAGAUCCUCCCAUUACACCAUAUAUCGUUGCAAAAGUUGUUGCUAGAGAUAUUUUGAUAAGUCCAUUUUUGCAGGGUGUCUUUCUCUCGUUAUUUUAUAUCGUUGCCAAGCCAUGGUUACAAUAUUGCAGACAAGCAGGACGUAAUAUUGGCAGAAGUAUAAUUAGGAACUUAUUUGGUAAGAAUGCGAUAUACAGGCCACCAAGAAACAUAUAA